CCAACCCCCGCCGCAUAACCAAAACUCAAUCCCCCACCGCGCAGCCUCACCGUCGGCAUGGAGGAGGAGAGGACGGAGGCGUGGUGGGCCCGGCGCGCGUGGGCGCUGCUGUCGGCCGUCCGCGAGCGGGCGCCGCUGGUGCAGUGCAUCACCAACCUCGUCUCCAUGGACAUCGCCGCCAACGCGCUCACCGCCGCCGGCGCCUCCCCGGCCAUGCUCCACUGCCUCCGCGAGAUCCCCGACUUCACCCCUCGCUGCGACGCCGUCUGCAUCAACGUCGGCACCCUCUCCGAGGAGUGGCUCCCCUCCAUGCGCGCCGCCGCCUCCGCCGGCCGCCCCUGGGUGCUCGACCCCGUCGCCGUCGCCGCCUCCGGCUUCCGGAUGGAGGCCUGCCUCGAGCUCCUCGCUCUCCGCCCCGCCGUCGUCAGGGGGAACGCGUCCGAGAUCCUCGCCCUCGCCGCCCGCUCCGACAGCUCCUCCUCCUCCUUCAAGGGCGUGGACAGUUCACAUGACUCGGGGGAGGCCCUGCAAGCCGCGAAGGCAUUGGCACGGUCCAGUGGGGCAGUCAUUGCAGUAUCUGGAGCCGUUGAUUUCAUCACCGAUGGUGAGCAGGUCAUCAGUGCUAGCAAUGGUGUGGCAAUGAUGCAGAAGAUCACGGCGACAGGGUGUGCUGUCACUGCUCUUAUAGCGGCUUUUGUCGGGGCGGAUCCCUCGGAUGCUCUGGCCGCAGCAGCGUCUGCUCUUGCCAUCUUUGGACUGGCCGGAGAGAUCGGGAUGGAGUGCGCUAAAGGGCCUGCCUCGCUCAGGAUGCACCUCAUCGAUGCUCUCUACGGCCUCGAUGAGCAGACCGUCACAUCAGCGGUCAAAAUUGCCCUAGUGCCGUAACACAUGCCUGCUGUGGCUACCAAUGUCUAGCAAAUAUAUACAGUCUGUGGUCAUCUGCAGGGUCCUGUAAAACCAUGAAGCAUAUCAGAUCGGAUUUGCUGUUCCCGUCUAUGUGUACAUGCCCCUAUCAAUAAAUUGCCGGGUGACCAUC